CGCUGCUUGGCAAGCCGGAAGUCGAGGCCACCUGAUUGUUCUUCCGAGCCGAGUUCUACGGGAGGAAAACUACACCUCCCAGCAGCCCCUGCGCGCGGUUGCCAUGGUUCCGGGAAACAAUAUGGCCGCCCCCAGCUGGGACGUGGGUCUCCGAGGGCGAGGAGGCCUGUGACCGUCUGGGCGCCGGUGACAGCGGCGGAGGAGGCUCUCGAGGCGCUUGCGGUGGAGGCCUGCGCCCCAGGGCGCCCCGUUCAUGGCAGGCAGCGUGGACGAAGAGGCGCUGCACCAGCUGUACCUGUGGGUGGACAACAUCCCUCUGUCCAGGCCCAAGCGGAACCUUUCCCGGGACUUCAGCGACGGAGUCCUGGUAGCAGAGGUGAUCAAGUUUUACUUCCCCAAGAUGGUGGAGAUGCACAAUUAUGUACCUGCCAACUCUCUUCAGCAGAAGCUCAGCAAUUGGGGGCACCUGAACAGGAAGGUGCUGAACAAACUCAACUUCUCGGUUCCAGAUGAUGUGAUGCGGAAGAUUGCACAGUGCACCCCAGGUGUGGUAGAGCUGGUACUCAUCCCCCUGAGACAGCGCCUGGAGGAGCGGCAGAGGCGCAGGAAGCAGGGCAUAGGCUCCUUACAGGAGCUGGCGGCUCCCCAGGAUGGUACUGGAUACAUGGAUGUGGGUUUGUCCCAGAAGGCCCCAGCAGAAGGUGCCCUGGAUCCCAAAGGAGGGGGGCAGUUCAGGGGGGCUCGACACCCAGCCCCCAAACCUCCAGGCUAUAGCCAGGCACUGCAAGGCGACCCCAGCUUUGUUCUCCAGAUUGCGGAAAAAGAACAGGAGUUGUUGGCUUCGCAGGAGACUGUGCAGGUCCUGCAGAUGAAGGUCAGGCGCUUGGAGCACCUGCUCCAACUCAAGAACGUGCGCAUAGAUGACCUCUCUCGGAGGCUCCAGCAGGCUGAGCGUAAGCAGCGGUGAGCGGCCAUUGGCAGCGGCGGCAGGCCCCGGUACCCACCAGAACCCAUGGCUGAAACACACUCAACCAAUGCAACCAUCUAGUGACAGACAAGAAUGGGCGGGAGCGGACCCCCUCCUCCUUUGGGGUGGAUGUGGGAGUUGGGCCGGGGGGUGAGACAAAAGCUCUCUGAGUGGAGGUCCCGGACUGAGCCACUCCUUCCACUCCAUCCGGGUCAGGAGAAUGGAGCACUUUCCAGAACCUAGAAGCCACGUGCAAAGACCCGUCCUGCCCCCCAAAGCUGUGCCCCACCCCAGCAGCUCUGCCUUGGUGCUCCCUGCAUUGGACUUUGAGAGGGGUACCCUGAGAUCAGUUCUUGCCCCUAGUCUCAUGUCCCCGGGCACUGCUGGGGACAGUGCUGACUCCAUCCAGACUAGAGCUGCAUACUCUAGACCUCGAGACACACUAUUCCAGGGAGCGGAUGGGCUUCCUUGCCCCUCCUGGGCACUCACCUGGGAUCCGGCUCAAGGCUGGAAAGUUCAGCAGCUAGAGAAGAAAGGGUGAGCAGUGAGUGGGUUUAACCAGGAGUUGAAGAAAGGAGUUGAAGAAACUCUUGCAGUGCCUAUUUCAGUCACCUGGUCCUCCCAAGACUAUAUGGGGGACAUGAGACAGGACUACCCUCAUUAAAGAUGUGCUUUGUCUCACAACUGCCUUCUCUCUCUGGACCUGGAGGACAGC